AUGCAUCACGACCCCAACCCCUUCGACGAGGGCAGCGCCGACGACAACCCCUUCUCCAAUGGAGGAGGUGGAGGCGGCAAGCAGCAGUACGGGUUCCGGCCGACUGAGCCCGUCGGGUUCGGCGGCGCCGGCAGGGGCGACGCCGUCGUCGACGUCCCGCUCGAGACCAUGGGGGACUCGAAGAGCAAGGCGAGGGAGUUCUCGUCGUGGGAAUCAGAUCUGAAGCGGCGAGAGGCGGAUAUCAGGAGGAGGGAGGAGGCGCUGAAGAAUGCUGGUGUGCCGAUGGAGGAGAAGAACUGGCCACCAUUCUUCCCCAUCAUCCACCAUGACAUUGCCAAUGAGAUACCAGCCAAUGUGCAGAAGUUGCAGUAUCUUGCAUUUGCAAGCUGGCUUGGAAUUGUGCUUUGCCUGUCCUGGAACUUCAUUGCUGUCAUAGUCUGCUGGAUCAAGGAGGGAGAUUCAAAGUUGUUUUUCCUUGCAACAAUCUAUGCUUUGCUUGGAAUUCCUCUGUCAUAUUUGAUAUGGUAUAGGCCACUCUACCGUGCAAUGAGGACUAACAGUGCUUUCAGUUUUGGAUGGUUUUUCCUGUGUUACCUGAUCCACAUUGGUUUUUGCAUAAUUGCUGCCAUUGCUCCACCAAUUGUAUUUCAUGGGAAAUCAUUAACUGGUAUUCUGGCUGCAAUUGACACCUUCUCUGAGCAUGUGAUAAUUGGGAUCUUUUACUUUGUGGGGUUUGCACUGUUUUGUCUGGAGACACUGCUGAGCAUUGGGGUUCUUCAGGAUGCCCCUACGCCAAUAGAGCUACUCACCCUAUCCCGUUCCACUUCUCUGUGCCGUCCACAUGGACCUGCACGAACAGCCUCGGACCAGUGCUGGGCCUUGACCCCACGGAAGGAGGUGGGCCACAACAUUGUUGAGUGGGGUGGGGGGCUUGCCUUAGAGGUGGCGUCGAUUGGGCAGAGAGGGAUGUAA